AUUUAAGAAGCAGCUGUCUCUCAAGAAACUUGAAUCUAUUCCCAUUCUCUGCUUACGACUAGCAGCAGGGAAGACGAGGAUCUUCUUCUCUUCUUUUUCUCUCUUCUCCCUUUUCUGCUCUGUGGUUCAUUUCUCAAUAUAAAAAACCAGAGUGAUUGAACAUAGUGACGAAAAUGGCGAGAUUCUCAAUACCCAUUUGGGGAUUUCUUCUGUUAUGCUGCUUGGCAGCCAUAACUGAAGCACAAUACAUGAAGUAUAAAGACCCACGUCAACUGAUAAGUGCUAGGAUCAAAGACUUAAUGAGAAGGAUGACUUUAGCUGAGAAGAUCGGUCAAAUGGUGCAGAUCGAGCGUCAAGUUGCAAAUCCUGAGGUCAUGAAGAAUUUCUUCAUUGGGAGUGUGUUGAGUGGUGGAGGGAGUGCACCGGCUCCCAAGGCUAGUGCUGAGACUUGGGCAAACAUGGUGGAUGAGCUUCAAAAGGGGGCUUUAUCCACUCGCCUUGGGAUUCCAAUGAUAUAUGGUAUUGAUGCUGUUCAUGGGCACAACAAUGUCUAUGGUGCCACCAUUUUCCCACACAAUGUUGGGCUUGGAGUGACCAGGGAUCCUCAACUUCUGAAGAGGAUUGGAGAUGCAACUGCUCUUGAGGUUCGAGCUACAGGAAUCUCAUAUGCCUUUGCUCCAUGUAUUGCGGUUUGCAGGGAUCCUAGAUGGGGUCGGUGCUACGAAAGCUAUAGUGAAGAUCCUAGAAUUGUUCGAGCAAUGACUGAAAUUAUAUCUGGUUUACAGGGAGACCUGCCAGCCAAUUCUCGGAAGGGUGUUCCAUUUGUUGCUGGAAAGAACAAAGUUGCAGCCUGUGCCAAGCACUAUGUUGGAGAUGGGGGCACAGUAAGGGGUGUUGAUGAGAACAAUACUGUCAUUGAUGCAAGGGGAUUGUUCAGAAUUCACAUGCCUGCAUAUUAUACUUCCAUCAGCAAAGGUGUUGCAACAAUUAUGGUAUCAUAUUCAAGCUGGAAUGGAAAGAAGAUGCACUCUAAUCGUGAACUUAUAACCGGUUUCCUCAAGAAAAAGUUGAAGUUCAGGGGAUUUGUCAUAUCAGAUUGGGAGGGUAUUGACAGGAUAACCUCUCCUCCUCAUGUGAAUUAUGCAUAUUCUGUCCAGGCUGGAGUUGGUGCUGGAAUUGAUAUGAUCAUGGUUCCCAAUAACUACACAGAAUUCAUCGAUGUACUAACCUCUCAUGUUAAGAGAAGAAUCAUUCCCAUUAGCAGGAUCGAUGAUGCUGUUAGGAGGAUCUUGAGGGUUAAAUUCGUCAUGGGUCUCUUUGAGAAUCCUUUCUCUGAUCGCUCACUUGUCAACCAACUUGGUAGUCAGCAACAUAGAGAUCUGGCGAGGGAGGCUGUGAGAAAAUCUCUUGUGUUGUUAAAGAAUGGUAAAACGGCUAAUAGACCGCUGCUUCCUCUGCUGAAGAAAGCAGCAAAAAUAUUAGUUGCAGGAAGCCAUGCCGACAACUUGGGUUAUCAAUGUGGGGGUUGGACAAUUGACUGGCAAGGUCUUUCUGGCAAUGAUCUCACCGCUGGUAUGUUCAUGUUUACCCAGUAAACUAGUUAUGUCUUUAUGAACAGAGUGACCCCUGAAAACAAUCAUACACAC